AUGAUUCAUUGCUUUCAACAAAGUCAACAGAUCGAAAGAAAGAAGGCUCUAUGUCUAUCCUAUUUUAUCUAUCUAUCUAUCUAUCUAUCUAUCUAUCUAUCUAUCUAUCUAUCUAUUUCAAUCUUCAUUAUCUAUCUAUCUAUCUAUUUCAAUCUGUUCACUAUCUACCUAUAUUCAUUAUCUGUCUAUGCAUAUAAUCACGGUCUGUUCUUAUUCAUAUCUAUCAUCUAUCUAUCUAUCUAUCUAUCUAUCUAUCUAUCUAUCUAUGUCCAUAUCUAUCUAUCUAUCUAUCUAUCUAUCUAUCUAUCUAUCUAUCUAUGUUCAUUAACUAUCUAUAGUAUCACAGUUUGUUCAUUAUCUAUCUAUCUAUCUAUCUAUCUAUCUAUCUAUCUAUCUAUCUCAGCCUGUUCACUAUCUACCCAUAUUCAUUAUCUGUCUAUAUUAUCACGGUCUGUUCAUUAUCUAUCUAUCUAUGUUAUUCUAUCUAUCUAUGUAAGGCUCUUUAUCUAUCUAUCUAUCUAUCUAUCUAUCUAUCUAUCUAUCUAUCUAUCUAUCUAUCUAUGUCUGUUCACUAUCUAUCUAUCUGUUUGUCUAUCUAUCUGUCUUUUGUUCAUUAUCUAUCUAUCUAUCUAUCUAUCUAAUUAUCUAUCUAUCUAUCUAUCUAUCUAUCUAUGUAAGGCUCUUUAUCUAUCUAUCAAUCUAUCUAUCUAUCUUGCAAAAAAAUCACUCAUAUAA